CCUUAGCAUCAUGAUUUCCAAAAAGUUUUUUUUUACCUUACUGAAUCUUGCCCUAGUAUACUCUGGUCUUGGGAAGGACUUGGAUCAUGAUGGGAUAUUGCACAGGGAAAAAAGACAGCUGUUAUGGCCAAAUAGUACAACUCUACAGUUCAACGCCGGCUUUGGCUUUCCGAGUGCUGCGAAACACAUCAAUGUGAACUACGCAUUUCAAGCGAACUUCCAACUACCGUGGAAUCGAACGCAGAUACCCAUAGAUAUAUUAGAAGCCAACUCUGGGUAUGUUGGAACGGCAAGGAAGAAAAGAGAAGCAGGGAUCAGAGAUGAUAAAAAUGGGAAUUACCAGGACGAUGCAAGACUUUAUCAUUUUUAUAAACAUGUGGAGUCUGUUUUAGAUGGAUUCGGCCACAAUGGCAGAUCCUGUGUGCUGCAGACACUGUGUCAACUCGGAGCUGAACCUCUUCACUCUGAUGAUGAAGAGGAUCUACUGCAUGAAAUGGCAACGUUUGUAUUGAACCCCAAAAACGAUGGCAUCCACAACCUGACAGAAAAGGACGAAACUUACCCUUACAUAAAGGCGUACACAGACGGAGAGAAACAUGAAGACUGCACGAAGCUAUACAGGGGAUGUGGUCUCUCUUUUAUAGACGUAUUCACUAAGUUACACGAUCUAUCUUAAUUGAAUAAAGACUGUUGUGUAUUAAAGUUAUUAUGAAAAUAAUUAUUGUGUGGAAUGGCAAACUACAUGAUAGUACCAUUCAUAGUACCGCCAUUGUCUACUGUCUCUUAGUAUUAAUCACCAUUUGACUGUUUUUGUACUGGAAAGCGAAACUUCAACUUACCCUCAAGUGAGGUCGGUACUGUAUUGGGCACUAUAUCGACACUAUAUUGGCUUAAAAUAGGAUUCAAAAUAUACUUUCUGUAAAUCAAAUGAUUCCACCUAAAUUGUUCGCGCACAUUAUUUUCUUCGCAAAAAAAGAUGUGAUGUACGCGCCGCUCGAUGCGAAAUCACUGCUAGCAUGUAAGUGAGCACAAAGGUUAAAAUAAAAGGUUUCGACAGUUGACAAUUUAGAAAUGUCCGUGAACUUACAAAUCGAAAAACGUAUGAUUGAUAAAUAAAACUUUUAUACUUUUGAAUUGUCGAAUUUAUUUAAUAGAUUACAAA